AACAGAAGUCAGGAAGCUGAACUGUGAACUGCUGCGUACAAGUGAUAUUUAAGUUGCUGUGAGAAUUACUUUCUAUAUAACUUACACAAACACCAUAAGAGGAAUUCUGAAACGUCUGAUUUCAACUUGCUAAAAUGAAGUUCAACUGCUUACUGGUAUCGGUUGUCAUAUUAUGGCAAUUUGUUACAUGUGAAGAUGAGGAAGAAAAUAUUUCUGGUCCCCCAGUGCCGCCACUCGUACUGAAAAAUUCAUUUUGUGGGUUGAAACAAGAUGAAGGAUCAUGCAAAGCAACUAUUCCCAGGUUUUAUUUCAAUCUCUUCACCCGAAAAUGUGAUUAUUUUGAAUUUGGUGGAUGUGGUGGAAAUGAAAACAACUUUGAAUCUAUGGAGGAAUGUCAAGAAAAGUGUAUAAUUAAAGAGCCACGUCCACCAAAGAAAGGAAGAAAAAUAAAUUCCCAAGGAAUGCCAGAGUUUUGCUUGCAGGAGGAAGAUCCUGGAAUAUGCAGAGGAUAUAUAACCAGAUAUUUAUACAAUGCAAAUUCAAAAAAGUGUGAAAAAUUUAUAUAUGGUGGUUGCUUAGGAAACAGAAACAACUUUAUCUCUAUGGAUGAGUGCCGAUCUACAUGUGAAAACCUAGCUUUUCUAGCAGCAGACGUGAGUCAUCCUGUCCAGCCCCAUAUAAACAGAGAAAGAGAAAACGUAAACUUCUCCUCAAAUGCACCCACAGCAAUCAGCAAACUGCCUAAUAUAAGCUACCAAAGCCAAUCAAAAGGCUCAGAUAUACCAACAGCAAUGAGUAAGCUGGAUUACAAGGGACCAUCCAUGUGCCUACCAUCUGUAAACAGAGGACAUUGCAAUGCAAAAGAAAGAAGAUUUUAUUUUGAUCAUCAAAGUGGAAAAUGUCACCCUUUCUCUUAUAGUGGCUGUGGUGGAAAUGAAAAUAAUUUCAUGUCUAGGAGAUCAUGCAUGAAAACCUGCAAGAAAGGCAUUAAACGUGGACAUUCAGUCAGUAGCCAGCUCAGCAAAAGAAGAAAGAAUUAGCAAGAAUAAAGCUCUGCUGUAUAACUAUGUCUAUUCUGUAGAAACAAGUAACUGAAUGACACAAACUGAAAAGUGAUAAAUGUACCCAAAGGUAUUAUUCCCAAUGGUUAGAUAGAGACCCAUUCUGGUAUGGGUAAAACAUUACUUUAUAUGACUCAUUUCCCUUUGCAAUAUGUUUUUAAACUGAUAACAGAACAUCCUUCUUCUAUUUAUUGGAUCAUCUGGCAGUGGAAGCUCUGUCCAACCAUCCCUUCCUUCUGCAUUUAUCUGCCAUUUAUGUCAGAGAACCCUGGAACUGACAACAUUCUGACGCUAGUUUCCUUAUCCUUACCGCCAGAAAGACUCCGCCCCUGGAUCACUCUUUCCCAGACCACUCAAAUGCUGCCCAGUCUAAGGUGAAUGUUUUUAAUGGUUGCUUCAAAAACGUACCUUUUAAUCCUUGCAGCCGCUCCAGCGAUUCCCCCGGCCGUCGGAAGCCUCUGCGACAUCAGAAAUGACUAAUCCGUCUUUCUCCGGAGGAAGCCAGAUUCGUCAUUUUGGACCCGCGAAGAUGGCUUGUGGCGGGCGGAGGAAGUGCUGGAGCGGCUGCCAGGAUUCAAAGGUAAGUUUUUGAAGAGAACGAGUGAAAUGCCCUUGUUUCUUUCAUGUAAUUGGCAAGAAUCCAUGAGCUAGUGAC